AUGAAUGGAUUGGACGCGUUUUACGAGAACCCGGAGGAAGUAAUCCGCAACGAAAAGUCCUACAAAUUCGUUGUCGGAAACUUCAACGCAAAAUUAGGAAAGGCCAUAGAAGAGGAAUACAGGACCGGAAGAUUUGGAUUAGGGGACCGGAAUGAAAAUGGCAAUCGUCUCUUUAGGUUAUUGCCCGCCGCUCGCCUCUUUCAUGGAAACACUCUUUUCAUGAAAAAAGAUCAUCGUCGGUGGACAUGGGAAUCGCCCAAUGGCGCGGACGUGGACCACAUACUCACCAACCGGAGGUGGUGUCUACUUGACGUCUCAGUAGUACCAUCCUUUUGUAGUGGUUCUGAUCACCGUCUCCUCCGUGCGAAAAUACGACUUAGCCACACGAUGGAAAAGAACAUCUGCUAUCGGCAACCAAGGAGGAAAGAAGUUGUCUACGACGAUUGCAUACUCGAGGACUCCUUGUCCCAAGGUGACUGGCACAUCGAGGAGGACCCAAACGUGGACUACGAGAUGCUGCUCAGAGGAUUACGAGCAUGUGCUGAGCGUGCCUCGAAGCCACGCACGACAAACUUGGAUCAAAUUUCGAAGAUCACCAAGGAAUUGUUGGAAAGAAGAAGGACUUUGAGGUUUAAUCCGAAAGCAUCGCACAUUGAGCGGCAAAAGAAGAUUCUGGAAGCAGCACAAAGAAGAGCGAGUCUAAACAAGUGCCGCAGGGAUCUCCGCGAAUAUAAUAUUCCGCUAGAAGUCUUGCUGAGCGAAGACGGGACUAGCACGUCUUCGCACGUCCAGCUGGGUUCGGUGCUUCAACUGCUUGGACCACAUCCAGACCGUGUCGAGGGUCAUAGAGGGGUACGACAAGGCGAUAAUAAAUCGCCGAAGCUGUUCGCGGCUGCAUUGCAAUGGAUAAUGAAAUCACUUUCCUGGGAAGAAAGGGGCACACGUGUUGAUGGAAGAUUUCUCUCGAACCUUCGUUUCGCGGACGACAUCGUUCUCUUAUCGAGCAGUACCAAUGAAGCAGAAACUAUGCUCAACGAACUGAACGAAGCAAGGAAGAGAGUAGGACUGCGAAUAAACAGAAAGAAGACACAGUUCAUGAAGAACGCCUACUGCGAGGACGGAGGAGUACAACUUGAAGACUCGAAAAUCGUGGAAACUUCGUCAUACGUAUACCUCGGACGUCCUAUGAACAUGGAAAACGACUUGAAGGAAAAACUGAAUAGAAGAAUAAGAACAGCACGGGCAGCAUUCGCAGCCGUCAGGGAAGCUACGGACCAACUGACGGACCAAGAUCUUCUUCUCUUCCAGCGCUCUGUUACGCAGCGGAGACGUAGGCAGACACUGCUGCCACGUCCAGGAAGCUACUUACUACCCACAGAGCCCUUGAGAGAUGCCUUCUGA